GUCAAGUUAGUGUGCCGUGCGUUAGGUAUUUUCGUGAGAUUGUUGUUCAGAUAACGGCGUCGACGGCUGUUUAAAUGACCGUGUACAGGAAAAACUAGCCUAAAUCAAACUAAUUCAUAACCUGAUGAGUUGCUCUGUAACAUGUCUUCAGCUAGGUCACAUCGUUUGGCUCGGUAAAUUCUUCGGAUGCCACUAAAAAGUGGGCAAGCACACGCCUAUCGAGAGCUCAAUGAGUAAUGAACACAUUCUGGAGCAUGUCUACAAACGUUGGUCGCAAGAGAUCUGACAGUGAGGAGAAGAGUGGCCAGGGUGAGCAGAGAGCUAGUCCAGCGCGUCCCCCGUUUGGUAAGAAGCAGCUUCCCUCCAUCCCGAAAAAUGCUGUCCCCAUCACUAAAGCUGCCUCACCUUCAAACUCUGCACAGUCAGCCAAUGGCACCCAUGCUUCAUAUGGGCCUUUCUACUUGGAGUAUUCGCUGCUUGCUGAGUUCACGUUGGUGAUCAAGCAAAAGCUCCCUGGCAUCUAUGUACAGCCUUCAUACAGAUCAGCAUUGAUGUGGUUUGGCGUGAUUUUCAUUCGACAUGGCUUGUACCAAGAUGGUGUGUUUAAGUUUACAGUGUACAUUCCUGAUAACUACCCAGAUGGAGACUGUCCUAGAGUUGUGUUCGACACCCCUGUUUUCCACCCGCUAGUGGACCCAGAGUCUGGUGAGCUGGACGUGAGGAGGGCUUUCACUAAAUGGAGGCGAAACCACAACCAUAUUUGGCAGGUCCUUAUGUAUGCACGCACAAUCUUCUAUAAGAUCAACACCAUGGACCCACUCAACCCAGAGGCUGCAGUGCUGUAUGAUAAAGACAUCCAGCUUUUCAAACGGAAGGUGGUAGACAGUGUCAAGCUAUGCAACAGUCACCUGUUUGACCAGCCCAAGAUAGAUGAUCCUUAUGCAAUAAGCUUUUCCCCAUGGAAUCCAGCAGUACACGAAGAGGCAAAAGAGAAAAUGUUUGCACAUAAAGUGAGUGUGUGACGCUCUCCUGACUGCUCCCCAAAACCAAAGACGACCGGAAGAUUGCAACAAAGGAUCGCAGGUGUCUGGACUGUCUUGGGUAAAGCCUGGCUCUAUUCAGCCUUUCAGCAAAGAGGACAGCCCACUUCAGACAUGAAACUUCAGUACUUCAGACUGUCCAGAAGGGUGCCAUGAUGCUGUGGCUGUACAGAAACACUUCAAUUAAAUUCUGAUGCGGUUCUAUGAACUUUAACUCGCUCGGCUUUAAAUUUUUGGUUUAAACUGCUAUGCUAACAUAAGAACUGUAAAACUUUUCCAGUGUAGAUCUAAAGACUCCACCCGUUCAUUACGAUGUUGAGGCUUGAACACGCUGAUGGAGCGGAUUUUGUUCUUGUCGAUACUUUUACUUGCACAUGUUAAUGUUUUCAGGCACAACAAACCACCUCACUUGUUUGUGUAGGUCAUGGUCUUGAUGGUAAACUGGUUUUUAGCAAAAAAUUUUGACUAAUUUAAUUUUUUCUUUCCCUUCCACCUUGGUUAAUGAUUUAAUGAUUUGGUUUUUGUGUGUAUAUAAUUUUUUUUUUAAUUCUAUGUAUGAAAUGGUUAUAAUGUAAAAUGCAGAGGAAAAUGUAUACUUCAUUAAGACACUAAGUUAAUCCUUAUUGUUCAGAAAUGUAAUUCACUUUGUGUCCGAAUGGCUUAAGGGUUUGAUGUGUAAAUAGUGGAGUAAUGAAUGCAGUAAAAUUAAUGGCCUCUGUAGAUGAGCCCAUAACUCCCAUUUAUUUAUGUAGAAAUUUACUUUUUUUUUGUGAAUUUUAGUUUUUUUUUUGUGGUUUUACAAUGCUUAUUUUAUUUUCAGCGUUUUCAGAAGAAUCUUUUUUUAAUUGGUUCAAGACAAAUAAAUGCAUAAACUUAAA